AUGUUUGAUUCCUCCAAAACUGUAAUACCCUGUUUAUCUCUGAGCGUGGUGUUUUCAAUAUUUUUGUUCAGGUAAUUGCAAUAAAUACCGUAAACACCAUACUAGUACUAAUUUUUGUAGUAUAAUUUUUGAAUACCGAAAAAAAGUUGAGGAUGUCGAAAUGUUUCUUUUGGAUCAAAUGGCCGAGUUUAAAAAUCUCGAAGACUCUUUCUGGACAAAUGCUGAAGCGACUAGGUCAAAAAGGCAGACGAAACCAUCCUACGAUUAUGCUUUUUGCGAGUGCAACCGUCAGAACACAUGUCCCCCUGGCCCUCCAGGUUGUGCUGGUCGGCCUGGGCUGAAUGGAAUCAAAGGACCGGCUGGUUCUCCUGGCCCUCGAGGAAUGCCCGGCCGGAUUUUCACCGAGAUGCUCCUUCCUUACAAUGGUUGCAGAGUCUGCCCUGAGGGACCAAAGGGGCCACGGGGAAUGAUUGGGCCUCCAGGGAUUACGGUAUGUUUUAUGAAUUUUGUAAUGUUCAACUUAUUUUAGGGUCAGUCUGGCAUGGCUGGACAAGCGGGUAUUCCAGGGAAGCCUGGGUCUGUGGGGGCGUUAGGAAUAAACGGACAGGAUGGAGUAACAGGACCAACAGGAAGGAAUGGUAAGAAUCCAUAAAGAAAACAUGUAAACUAACCGUAGGUCCAACCGGAACUCCGGGAACAAACGGGAUAAAAGGAACCCAAGGUCCUCCAGGAAUCAAAGGGCAUCCUGGAGCUCAAGGAUUUCCGGGGGAAGCUGGAAAACCAGGCAAAGAUGGACAGAGAGGACCACAAGGUCCCAUUGGGUCACCUGGAGAAGUCGGGCGAAGAGGAAAGCAAGGUUCGGCUGGUAAGUCAACAUCACAGGGAUAAUUUCAAUGCCUUUUAUUAUCAAAUAUCAUAGGUAAUCCGGGAAAGCCAGGCGAACCGGGUGCUCCGGGUCAUGAUGCUGCAUACUGUGCCUGUCCACGUCGCUCUCGAGUCUCCAACUAUGUUUAUUUACAAGAUAAAAAUGAAAGAAUUAAGUGA